UUCUCUUUCCUUCCAGUUGAGGACAAGCAGGUGUGGGCAACCCUGAGCUGCCUGGUACCACGAUGGCAGAGAAAGUGAACAACUUUCCCCCGUUGCCCAAGUUCAUCCCUCUGAAGCCAUGUUUCUACCAAGACUUCGAGGCUGAUAUUCCACCACAGCAUCUCAACAUGACCAAACGUCUCUACUACCUCUGGAUGUUGAACAGCGUCACGCUGGCCGUGAACCUGGUGGGCUGCCUGGCGUGGCUGAUCGGAGGCGGGGGAGCCACCAACUUUGGCCUCGCCUUUCUCUGGCUCAUCCUCUUCACACCCUGCUCCUACGUCUGCUGGUUUCGGCCCAUUUACAAGGCUUUCAAGACUGACAGCUCCUUUAGUUUCAUGGCGUUCUUCUUCACCUUCAUGGCUCAGAUGGUUAUCAGCAUCAUUCAAGCUGUGGGCAUCCCAGGAUGGGGCGUCUGCGGUUGGAUUGCCACUAUCUCUUUCUUUGGCACGAAUGUUGGCUCAGCUGUGGUGAUGCUUAUCCCCACCAUCAUGUUCACGGUUGUGGCUGUCUUCUCCUUCAUCGCCCUCAGUAUGGUCCAUAAAUUCUACCGAGGCAGUGGGGGGAGUUUCAGCAAAGCACAGGAAGAGUGGACCACCGGGGCAUGGAAGAACCCGCACGUGCAGCAGGCAGCUCAGAAUGCAGCCAUGGGUGCGGCCCAGGGAGCCAUGAACCAGCCGCAGACGCAGUAUUCUGCUACCCCUAGCUAUACAUACUCCAAUGAGAUGUGAGCUGGCUGUGCCCACCAGGAGGUCGGCCGGGUGCCGUGGGCCAGUGGGGAGGCUACGGCCAUAUUGUCUGUUGUGACCAAGCAGGGUUCCCCUUUCUCUUUUCUCCUUCCCCACUUUGUACAAAGAAUCAGAGUUCUAUAUAUAUAUAUAUGUACAUAUAUAU